CAGGAAACUGCUCUGUGACCUACCGGAAGUGAUUUCGAAGCAAGCAGUUGUCCCGAAUAAAACCGUGCGGGGUCUGCGAAGGUAGCCCGUCGACACCCGCGGGCUCAGGCAGGCCAGGGAUCUUUGAGAAAGAGAUAGCAGCCAAGAACAAACCAGUUGAUAAGGUACAAUGGAUGGAGAAGAGAAAACAUAUGGUGGGUGUGAAGGCCCUGAUGCCAUGUAUGUGAAAUUAAUAUCCUCUGAUGGCCAUGAGUUCAUCGUUAAACGAGAGCAUGCGCUCACAUCAGGAACAAUAAAAGCAAUGUUGAGUGGUCCAGGGCAGUUUGCUGAAAAUGAAACAAAUGAAGUGAAUUUUAGAGAGAUUCCUUCCCAUGUCCUAUCCAAAGUGUGCAUGUAUUUUACCUACAAGGUUCGCUACACAAACAGCUCCACAGAGAUUCCUGAAUUUCCAAUUGCACCUGAAAUUGCACUGGAAUUACUGAUGGCUGCAAACUUCUUAGAUUGUUAAAUAAAAUAAAUUAUAAUAAAAAUGUAAACUUUCCCCCAGUAUUUAAUCCAUGUAUUUUGGGUAGUAAUGUUUUCAUGGAGCACGUUCUGUAUGUUUGAUUAAGGAGUGUAAUAGUCACUGUGUAGAGGCUGCUGCUUCCAGUGGUUUUGCAUAGGAAUCAUUCAUGCUCAGAUUUUGUUUUGCUGCUUACACAAAUGAUGGACUUCUUGCCAACUGACAAUAAACAAAACAUGCCACUUAGUAGA